AUGAGGGAGAAAAAGAAAUCCGAUACAAAGAAGUCCUCCACAGAAACGGAAAAAUCAGGUAUUAAAGACACUAAGAGUAAAGCGAAGACAAAGUCAGUAGAUGGUGAUAAAACCUCAAAGGGGAAGAAAGUGAGUGACGUCCAGCAUCCUGAAGUGAGCAGUACUACUCUUUCCACUGCAGUGAGUACGAAUAAAGAUGUCCACGGCAAGAAGUAUUUGGUUCAACCUGGUGGCAAGUGGUUGGAUGAAUCUUUUGAAAAUGACCCUGUUGUUAGCACUGACAUCAGUUCACAGCUUGUUGAAAAAUACAGAGUGAUGGCAGAGAAACUAUUCCACAAUGAUGUAUCACUCUAUACCGAAAAGAAAUCUGAAGACACGAGUGGCAGCAGUGCGUGGAUUCAGACUGUCAUUUCGUCGGGUACGCUGGGUGAUAAGAUAGCUGCACUGUCCAGUAUGGUACAAAACUCACCGAUACACAAUGCACCUAAACUCGACACUAUGAUUAAUAUGUGUAAAAAGAAAGGAAGGCGUGAGGCACUGAUGGCGAUGGAAAGUCUCAAAGAUUUAUGGAUAUCGGAGUUAUUGCCGGAUAACAGAAAACUGAGGAAAUUUUCACGGCAUCCAUUUGAUCAGCUGUCAAAGAUCACUGGUGGUAAUAAAACUGCUAAAAAUAAAAGGUUACUGCUGUGGUAUUUUGAAGAUUUCCUCAAAAAGAAGUAUGAAGAAUAUUUAGAAGCAGUAAAGCUGCUAUCACAUGACACAGUGGCAGCGGUCAAAUCAAGUGCUCUCAGUGCCAUCUAUGAGUUAUUGGUGCAGAAACCAGAACAAGAAAAAUACUUACUGUCUCAGCUUGUAAAUAAAGUUGGUGAUCCAGAUUACAAAAUAGCUGCCAGGACAUCACAUUUACUUGGAAAACUUGUGGCAGCACAUCCACAGAUGAAACUUGUUGUAGCGGAGGAAGUUGAGACGGUAUUAUACCGUCCGAAUAUUGGAGUCAAAGCCCAAUAUUAUGCAGUAUGUUUUCUGAAUCAGUUUGUCCUGAGCCAUGAUGAGCCAGAAUUGGCUGCCAAACUCAUCUCCAUUUAUUUUGCAUUUUUUAAUGCUUUUGUUAAAAAGAAAGAAAUUGACGGCAAAAUGUUGAGUGCUCUUUUGACUGGUGUUAACCGGGCAUAUCCGUUUGCUAAAGUUGAUGAUGAGACUGUAAAUGCACAAAUGGAUACCAUAUUCCGUGUAAUUCACAUAGCACCAUUCCAGACAGGAUUACAAGCUUUAAUGUUGUUACACCAAGUUAUGGAUGCAAGGCAGGCAAUGUCAGACAGAUACUACAUGGCUUUGUACAAGAAACUUGCCGACUCGGAACUGAAAAACUCACCAAAGCAAGAAAUGUUUUUAAAUCUACUCUUCAAGUCACUGAAAGCUGACAUGGUCUUGCAGAGAGUUAAAGCAUUUGUCAAACGCCUACUUCAGGUGUGCAGUUGUCAGCAGCCGUCAUUUGUCUGUGCAUCUUUGUUUUUAGUAUCUGAGCUAUUCCGAUUGAAAGAUGGACUCAAGGCAUUAUCACGAGUAGCUGAUAGGAUGCCGCAACAACUGUGUCGCCUCGUGCUUGUUACUGCUAAAGUAUCUAACCUGUAUGCUAGCAUUACUGCUAUAGAUUGUAACCUGUAUGCUAGCGUUACUGCUAUAGAUUGUAACCUGUAUGCUAGCGUUACUGCUACAGUAUGUAGCCUGUAUGCUAGCGUUAUGCUACACAUUACUGCUACAGUAUGUAGCCUGUAUGCUAGCGUUACUGCUACAGUAUGUAGCCUGUAUGCUAGCGUUACUGCUACAGUAUGUAACCUGUAUGCUAGCAUUACUGCUACAGUAUGUAGCCUGUAUGCUAGCGUUACUGCUACAGUGUGUAGCCUGUAUGCUAGCGUUACUGCUACAGAUUGUAACCUGUAUGCUAGCGUUACUGCUACACUUGCCGGACACUACCAUCCAUCUGUAUCACAUUUUGCUAACACAUUAUUAAAUGAUCAGUAUGUGCGAUACACUGGCAACCCUCUGCAGGAUUUCACACUUAUUCGAUUCCUCGAUAGGUUUGUUUACAGAAAUCCCAAGAAGACUAUAACUGAGAGGGUAUCCGUAAUGCAACCAAAAUCAAAGUCUUACCAGCCAUCUGGUGUCAGAUCAUUGCUUGUUAACAGUGAGGAGUUUAUGCAAAAGGCAGAAUCUGAGGUACCUUUGGAUGAAGUCUUCUUUCACAGGUAUUUCAGUAAAAAAGAGGAGAAAAAGAAGGUUGUUGUCAAGGGCGACAUAGAAGAUGAAGAUAGUGAUGCAUCUAGUGUAGAAGAUGAGGAAUUUGAUGAAUAUCUUGAUGAGCUUGAAACAGGAGAGAUUGGUGUGGAUAAAAAUGUUGAUUUCGCAAGGUAA